CGAGAGAGAGAAAACGGGAAACUUUUUGCCCUAGCUGGGACAUUGGGUCAGUUUCAUUUGGUUCUGUUGUUAAUGAAGAAUUUGAGUUCACCUUUAGUUGGUGGCAUCUCGACUCACCUGACUACAGAAUAAAGACGUCUCAGAGACGGAUAAUACAGUACUGGACAGAGGUGGAUUAUUGUCUGACUGUGGUGUGACGUUGUUCCUGUGAUGGGGAAGACUGGCCAGAGCACGGUGGACCUCAACUCACCCUCAGAUGUGAAGCAGGCGGUCCCAUUUGAGGACCUGGAUCACAACAGUGUUCCUGCAGAAGAGGAGAAGGAGAAUACAGUACCAGAUAGAGGAUCUUGGAAGGGAAAAUUUGACUUUCUACUGUCCUGUGUUGGAUACGCCAUUGGGCUGGGAAAUGUGUGGAGGUUCCCAUAUCUGUGCGGAAAGAAUGGUGGAGGAGCAUUUCUCAUACCAUAUUUCACUACUCUGGUGUUUGCUGGAAUACCACUGUUUCUGCUGGAGACGGCAUUAGGACAGUACACAUCAGUGGGGGGGCUGGGAGUAUGGAAAUUAAUACCCAUGAUGAAAGGUGUGGGGCUGGCUGCUGUAGUUUUGUCCUUCUGGCUCAACAUCUAUUACAUCAUCAUCAUCGCCUGGGCUCUCUACUACCUCUUCAACUCUUUCAAAGCAGAGUUACCAUGGCAAACUUGUGAUAACCCUUGGAACACUGAUCGCUGCUUUUCCAACUACAGUCUGAUGGACACCACCAACCUGACCAGUGCCGUCACUGAGUUCUGGGAGAGGAACAUGCAUCAGUUAACAAAAGGUUUAGAGGAACCAGGGGAAUUGCGCUGGCCAUUGGUUGGAACAUUAGCAUUGUCUUGGAUUCUUGUCUAUUUCUCAAUCUGGAAAGGAGUGGAGUGGACGGGGAAGGUGGUGUAUUUCUCCGCCACGUAUCCUUACUUCAUGCUCUUUAUUCUGUUUUUCCGUGGAGUCACACUCCCUGGAGCGUUAGACGGCAUCCUCUUCUAUGUCACCCCAGACUUCAACAAGCUAUUGAAAUCUGAGGUGUGGUUGGAUGCUGCCACUCAGAUCUUCUUCUCUUAUGGUCUGGGUUUAGGUUCUCUCAUUGCUCUGGGAAGCUACAACUCCUACAACAAUAAUGUCUACAAAGAUUCUAUCAUUGUGUGCUGUAUUAACUCCUGCACCAGUAUGUUUGCUGGGAUCGUCAUAUUUUCCAUUGUGGGCUUCAUGUCAUACAUCACAAAGAGACCCAUUGAAGAACUGGCUGCUUCAGGUCCUGGUUUGGCAUUUCUGGCCUAUCCGCAAGCUGUCACACAGCUUCCCAUGUCUUCACUCUGGGCUAUUCUCUUCUUCUCAAUGCUCAUGAUGCUGGGAUUGGACAGUCAGUUUUGUACAGUGGAAGGCUUCAUAACUGCUCUAAUGGAUGAAUAUCCCACAGUCCUGAGGAAGAGAAAGAAACUGUUCAUCCUCAUUGUCUGUAUUAUAUCCUUUGUCAUUGGUUUCUCCAACAUCACCCAGGGUGGCUUAUAUGUGUUUAAAUUGUUUGACUACUAUUCGGCCAGUGGAAUGUGUCUCCUGUUCCUGGUCUUCUUUGAGACAAUCUCCAUUUCCUGGUUCUAUGGCGCAGAUAAAUUCUAUGAAAAUAUUGAAGAUAUGAUUGGUUAUCAGCCUUGUGGCUUUUGGAAAUAUUGCUGGAUUUACUUUACUCCAAUAAUCUGCUUGAGUGUUUUCACAUUCAGUGCAAUAGAAAUGACUCCUCUGACACUAGGGAAGUAUGUGUACCCGACCUGGGGUCAGGGCAUCGGCUGGUUAAUGUCCCUCUCUUCCAUGAUUUUAAUACCCGGUUACGUCAUCUAUAUGUUCUUCUCUACCAAAGGCAGCAUCCGACAGCGUUGGCAUAAGAUGACCAAACCCACUGAGCUCACAACCUCGGAAACCAAUGAUCCCACACAACAAUCCACACAGACAUCAAGUACAGAUGAAGCUUCUGUCUGAGAUCGUACAAUGGACAUUAAAGACCUCCAUUCCAUACUUUUUGUCUCUUGGAGAGUCUACAACAGAUGGAAGUGGACUAUGUUCAUGUGCAUCUGACUGUUUUUCUCCCAUUUUAUUUCCGUACAUGCCUCUCUGAUGUUGCAUAAUGUAAUGUGAGGGGCUGCAGUACUUGUGUCUGUCUUCAGUGGAGAAUGCAAUUUCAGUGACUGACAAUUUCAGUGAUCAGUAUAAAUCUAGAUCCAGUCCAGACAGUUGAUUGGAAGGUCUACAUAACUGUUGCAUACCUGUUUUAUAUGAAAUUUCUCACAGUAUUUACCUCAAGAGGGUGAGUGAAUGCAUGUGUUUAGUGGUCUGUUUCUCUUGGUUUCAGCAUUAUAGUGGCUAAUUUUGAAGGCCACGUAUGAUUGUUCUUGAUUGAACUAAAUUCACUACAGAAGAUUUUAGGUUCAAACUUUGUAUUAAUGUAUAAAAUGGGUAUAUUUUAGAACAUUACCAUUUCACCAUUUUAACAUUCAGUAUUUAUGUUAAAGUCUAGUAAGAACUAAGUGAUGCUAAUGAACAUAAUUUAACUAUUUCUGAGCAGGCUUGUAAAUACAUGUUGUUAGUAUUAUUUAAAUAUUGACAUACACUAUAAUAGACAAUGUUACAGCAGCCAACAUAUUUAAUUUUAAACAAGGCUAUGGGAAUUAGCACAGUCUGUUCAUUCCAUUCGACUCUCAAUUAUUCAGUCAACAAAAAAUUAGUCAUGACUUUAAAGGCCUGACAGCAUAUAUAUUUAUGUAUCUUCUCUGAACGUCUAUAUCCAGUGUUACCAAAGCUACAAAGGGGACUUUUAUUUUGAGGAUGCUAUUUGUAGAGAUUUUGUGAAUUGGUUACAAAUUCAAUAAAGAAAAAAAAACUGAUGCUUCAACAUAUACACAUUAAUAGAGCUAUAUAGAUAGAUGUCAUUCAGCCAUGUAGUUUAAAGGUUAGUGAUUUGAAAAUAUUAGUAAUUGAUAAGAAUGUCUUGAGAGGAAUGGUCUUACUUUAUUCUUGCAUACUUUGACAAACACUAACAAUCCAGUAGGGCAUAGCAGCAGUAUAAAAACCAAAAGCAAUAUGCACAGUGAUAUUGUAUUACUGCCUUCUAUUUCAGCAGCUGCUCUGACAGCAAGAAGUAGAUACUAUAAGUUAGCUGACCUCUGUUAGUGACCUUUGACCUGUGUUGAUCCAUAGCUCUGCAUUAAAGUUGAAAAAGGCUCUUAUCAUGUGCUGAUACAACAAACCACUCAUGUCAGUCUGAAAAGGACAUCAAAUAAAUAGCCAGACCACUCAUGUAGGUCUGGAAUAGACAGAAAACAUGUUUAUUAACGUGUAAAUCUACAAUAUAGAUAGAGUAAAACUCACAGUUGGACUGCCUUUCAAAGACAUAAUUUGCUAACACACACAAUAACUUUCUGUCAAAAUUAGUGCUAAUAAAUGUUGAUGUUAUACUGCCUUCAAGUUCUUCUGGGAGUUCUGAAAUCAUAAGUACAAUAUGAUGUGUGUUCAAGUGAUUUUGUUCAGAAUAAAAUGGGCCUUUCAAGAUUUUUUUUCUUUUUCUUCUUCCUGUCUUCACUACUCCUACAAAACAAAGGUGAAAGGAUGCACAUUAGUGUGUAAAUGCUGCCUGAUCCAUGUAUUUUAUCCAUGGCUUUAUCUCACAUGAAUCUCAAAAACUAGCUAAAUGAGUCGUAUUUUCAUCAACAACACAUUAACAAGUUUAGCGUACAAACUAAUGAUGAUUACAAUAUUGUGGUGCCAUUCUUUUGCACUCAUCUCAUAAAUAUCAUCAUUCUGACAGGACUUGAAGGCAGCAUAACACACCAGUGCAACAGCCCUUCUGCAGGCUAAACCAAGGUUAGUGUUAGCAUCGUAGCCUUUGGUUGUGUGAAGGGCUUUAAUUCAACACUGUUCUGUUUACUUCUGUUGGGUAAGAUCACAUCUCAUUUGCUAGCCAGGGCACAUUCGCUCAAGCAUAAUAAAUUCCUCAAAAACAGGGUCAUGCACAAUUUAUCUGGCUUCCUGUUUCCAUCACCUCCACGCCAACUCCCACAGGGGCCAAAUGCAAGGCUACGGAAAGAGAAAGACAAAAAGUGAACUCCCGUCACUCCGUAUUUCAUAGAAAGGAAUCUAGCGCUGAUUCUUUCACCAUUUUUGGAGCUGGUUGUGCAAUUCACCUAUGUUUAUUCUCCAGACUAAGCUGCUGUUGAAAUUUUUGAUAAAGGAGAAUAAUAGAUCUCUGUGACAGUUGGCUGUUAUUCCAAGGCUGAAUCUGUAAAAUAUUCUGUCAUAAUUUACACACCGUCAUGUUGUGUUUGCUAUUAUUUUGUAUGCAGGAGAUAUUUUGAAGAAUAUUCACAAUGACCUUUCUGAUACAAUUGUGUAGACACCAACAGAAGCUCAUUGGGAAAAUGUGCUUCUAUGUACAAUUAACUGCAGUUUUCAGCUAAAAUGAACACCAGUGUCAGUAAAACCCCAACAACUUUCAUUCCUUUUCACCAAAAUUAUUACGGGCACAUUAUAGACUAAAAAAGACUUAUUUGUGUGGUUCUUUGCGCAUUUUCUCUACUAUGUUAAACACAAGCCACGACAUGUUACUCAUGUUUGAAUACUAUCGGUUCACUUUUGAGUACGUUUUUGUGUAGGUGGUACGCAAUGCAACAAAAUCAUUAAACGUUUAGCACCACUCACCAGACAUUCCAUUUCCAAACUGCAGAAAUACAACCAAUGUAAUGAACAUGAUUGUGCCAA